AUGUCGAAAUUGUGGAUAUUGCUGCUGUUCGCAUUGCUUCUCAAUGGGCUGGAGAUGCCGUUGGCGCGAGGAGGAGGAGGAGGCGGUGGUGGCGGAGGACACGGCGGUGGAGGCGGAGGACACGGUGGUGGAGGGCAUGGCGGCGGAGGUCGUGGCGGUGGCUUUGGAGGUGGACGUGGCGGAGGAAGACCUGGUGGAUUUGGAGGCGGUCGUCCUGGAGGCUUUGGAGGCGGUCGUCCUGCCGGUUUCGGUGGCGGACGGCCUGGCGGCUUUGGCGGUCCACCAAGAGGUGGCUAUGGGCGACCAUACGGUGGUUAUGGCCGUCCCUACGGCGGCUAUGGCUAUGGAGGCUAUCGACCCUAUGGCUACGGUGGCUUUGGACUCGGCGUUCUGCCGCUACCCGUUCCCGUGCCAUAUCCAUGUCGACGUCCAUAUUCGUAUGACUAUGACUAUUACAACGGCUACUACUGCUGA